AUGGAGUUUCGAAUGAUUCUUUUGGCUAUCGUCACUUUUUUAUUAGCUUAUAAUUAUGAUCUUGAUCCAAAUUCGAAAAGGGAAGCCGAUACCAUCCAAGGUUGGCAGCAACAGCUGGAUUUAGACAGUGCCAAUUCUCAAAUUCGAAUCGCUGUUGGAUUGAAUGCUAAUGUUGACUUGAUCUUACCCGGCGUUGAUCUAUUAAACGAGUUGGGAGCUAAACCUAAUGGCACUAGUGAUCAUUUGUUAUUGAGAAAUGUCAACGAUGUUCAAGACUGUUUUGCACGCUCCAUGAAAUCUUGCUCUGCAGCGGAAAGGACUAUGGAAUCUAGGACACUAUAUCAGGAAAUUGUUGCCAGCGCCGAGAAAAUUAAACUUGCUAGGCAUCGUAUUGGAGGGAAUGCUGCACUCUUGGGAGAAACUAUAGCUAACCUUUUACCUAAUGCAUCAAUAUUACUUGUUGGACCUGUAGGCCCUAGGCUAAAAUCCUUAUUAAAUCCCAGAAUUAAGGUUCCUGUUGUUGCAGAGCAAGAUGAAGUUCACUUAAUUUUAGAAUAUGAAAGAGACGAGAAAUGGGGUGAUAUCAAAGCUUCAUGUGCUAAUCGAUUUAUUAUGUCCAACGAUAUUGCUAAUUCCGACUUGCAAGCGAUUGAAACUUUUGCUAAAAAUCUAAAAGAAUUUCAACCUAAUGUGGUUGUUAUCUCCGGCCUACACCUUAUGGAGAAUAAACCGAAAGAAUUUAGGAUGCGCAAGUUAAAAGCUAUGAUUGAGAUUCUAGGCACUUUGCCAAGUCAAAUCCCAAUCCACCUUGAACUUGCAAGUAUGGCGGAUAUCGAUUUUGUUCGUGAUGUUGUUAACACUCUCUUACCUCAUAUUAAUUCACUUGGCUUAAAUGAACAAGAGUUACACGCUGUUUCGCGUGCGUUAAAUGGGCCUCAUACCAAAGAGGAUUGGACAGGAACUCCAGAGAUUGCCCUUGUUGGUGACAUCUUAUACUGGCUACUACACAAAUUCAGCCAGCUUGAGGAUUCAAAAUUAUCCCGUAUUCACUUUCAUUCUCUAACUUAUCACAUAGUAAGCCAGCUAGCAGGAAGUUGGAAUAAUUCUUUAACUGCUACAGGAGCUGCAGCUCGAUUAGCUGGUUUAAGAGCCUGUAAUAGACCUGAAAUUGUACCUCAAGAGGUUGAGUUACAACUUCCUUCAGCCUUUAUUGUUUCUCUGACUAAUUCUACGUUACGCCGAUCUGCUAUCAUUUAUGAUCCUCGUAAACCUGUUAGCAAAUGGAGCAGGGGUAGUAUAGAUAUGUUCUUAAGCCCUGUAUUGGUUUGUAAAAAGCCGAGAGAAACGGUUGGAUUAGGUGAUGCCAUUUCUGGCACGGGCUUAUUGUAUUCGAAAUUUAUCAAUUCGAAGAUAUAA